GCCAUCUUCCACUCUCAAGAAUUCAUCAAAACUCUCUCUCUCUCUCUCUCUCUCUCCAAAACUCUCAUUUUCUCUCUCUAACGGAAGAGAAUUGUUCGAACAUGGCGACCAUAAACGAAGUCUCGAAGCUUGAGUUAAUCAAGCAAUACCUGCUCGGCGAUCUCCCUCCAGUGAGUAGCUUCUCGAAUUUUGACCGGAAUCAGUGGAUCAGCGAUCUGAAGACGGAGUUUUCGAGCUCGCAAUCGCAAUCGGAUUCGCACUGUUCCAGGACCUCGAGCUCCUCCGAUUACUUGGAUUCAAGCGAUGUACUUGAUUUCACUUCCGAUUUCGAGCCAAAACCUGACAACUUCGAUUUCGAUUUCGAUUUCGAUUUCUCGGAAUUCGAAAUGAAACCUGAACUUAUCGACCUCACGACCCCGAAAUCUCGUAAUCUGACCUCUCAAUCGAGUGACGCUUCGUUCGAAUUCGAAUCGAAGCCUCAGAUUAUCGAUCUGAGAAGCCAUAUCCCCCAAUCGAGUAGCAUUUCCUUCGAAUUCGAAUCCAAGCCCCAAAUCUCCGGUCAAAAAGGUUCUCAAUUGAAUCGAAAGCCGUCUCUGACGAUCUCGCUCCCGGCCAAAACCGAGUGGAUACAGUUCUCGGCUCCGGUGCCGCCGGCGUCCGUACAGAAACCGGCGGUCGAGGAAGAGAUCAGGCAUUACCGAGGAGUCCGACAGAGGCCGUGGGGCAAAUACGCGGCGGAGAUCCGAGACCCGAACCGCAGAGGCUCGCGCGUGUGGCUUGGGACCUUCGACACCGCCAUUGAAGCCGCCAAGGCGUACGACCGAGCCGCCUUCAAGCUUCGCGGCUCCAAGGCCAUACUCAACUUCCCGUUGGAAGCCGGGAAAUACGACGUCGUCGUCCGUACGGACAAGAAGAAACGACGUCGUCAAGAGGAGGGAGGAUACGUUAGCGAAGUUGUUAAGGAACCGAAGAAGGAGAAGGUGACGGAGUUUCUGGACACCGUUAGUUACGUGAAGAACAUGCCCUUGACGCCGUCGAAUUGGACGGCCGUCUGGGACUCCUCCGACGGGCAGGGUGUUUUUAACGUCCCGCCUCUGUCGCCGUUAUCUCCACAUCCUUCCAUGGGGUAUCCACAACUAAUGGUUGUGUGAAAGGAACAAAAACUUCUUAUUUUAAUAGUGAGAAUUGUAUGAACCAAGAGUGAGUGAGAGAGAGAGAAAUGUAAUAUAAUUUUUUUUUUUUUUGGUGAGUAAAUUGCAAUAUAAUGUCAGCUUCAUGUAACAUUAA